AUGUCGACCGUCCGCUACUUUGACUCCGUCCCCCACAUCGCGCGCUACGGCAUGCAUGAUGACAAGAACGGGGGCAAGUCACGUACACUGUUCUACCGCAAUGGUGUGUGUUUCAAGAUCAAUGUCGCGGGAGGAGACGUCUCUGGGACGGCAUUUGCAGACACCUGGAGCAAAUUGCUCGGAAGGCCCGACGUGUCCGAUCAGAAACAGAGUUGGAUUGCUCAGUGGGAUGCGUUGUGCGACUGCGUCAUCACGCCGUGUUUGCCCCUGCUUGAGACCUUGGCUCCCAGCUCGCAUCAGUGGGUGACCUUGCACGACUACAUCCACACACCGACGUAUGACCUGAAGCUGGUCGCCGACGAGGCGAAGACGGGGGAUGUUGUGCCAGAAAUUACCGACGGGCCGACGGAUCGCCCCUCCUACGAACACCAUCUCAUGCACUUUGCAGAAAUCAGCUCACUCUCCGAGCAUCAUGUCACCCAAUAUCGAGCAGGAGAUCUCGUUGUCCUGGGGCAAGACAAGAACUGGCGCCGUCCACCGCACAAAGUUCGCGCCCCCAGCGGUGAUGUGUUUUUCUUCAGAGCCUGCAACAGACCCUCGAGGAACGUCAGUACCGGGCAGAUCACCAACAGCUCCCUGGACGUUAUCAAUGCAUUCCUGCGGCUAUAUCCGCAGUCGAGUGGGGCGUCUUCCUCAGGGGCGGCUGAAGGAGUCAAUAUUCCAAGACUGCAGGGAGUUGUUGUCAGCCAUGCAAAUGCCGGACUGGAGGAAAGCACUGCACCUUCAGCGGCAGACGAAGGACAAGCCAAGCAACAAGAGGAAGAGUCACUUUGUGCUGGGAUACUCACGAACUUUGUGCCAGGGGCGAAGACUCUGGCAGAGUUGAUAAAGCUCUCCAACAACCGGGACCAGACGAUUGACCUCUCGAAAUACAAAGAGAAGUGGAAAGAUCAGAUCGCUUUAGCGAUAAAACAUCUCCAUGACCAUCGCAUCACGGUGGGAGGCCGCUCUGGUGCGAACGCAUGGUAUCUGAUCAAUCAACAUACCAUCCGCGUCGCGCCGAAGAUCGACGGCGACGACAAGCCCGACAACGCACCCGGAGCAGACUUCCAUGACGCAGACGCUUGGUUAACGCUAUCAGGCGGCUGCACAGUGCACCCACUUGCGGAGGGGAACAAGGAAGAAGCAACUGACGGAGAGAAAUUCAAGGAAGAGCAGGCCAUGGACUGGGCGGCUCUCGAGAAAGUGUUUCAGUUCUGA